AUGAAACAGUGGCUGCAUGCACAGCCGGAACACACCCGUCCCCAUCUUGUCAUUCUUCAAGAAACGAUGUGGAAAAGCAGCUCGGAAUGGACCGAUGAACACUACACUUGCAUACACACGGGAAGUGGCAAGCCUAAGGAGGGGGGAAUACUUAUCAUGAUUUCUAAAUCGCUUUGCCCAUCAGACAGAAUUCGAUAUAAUGAAAUCCAGCUCGGCAGAAUUCUGCACGUGAAAAUCCCCACUGAGCCAUCAAUCGAGCUGCUGGCAGUGUACCAACAUGCCUGGCGUGGUGAGGCCAGUUCUGCUGCAAAAGAGCCGGACGUUGCUACGAUCAUGCUACAGCAGUCGCCUCAGCAAGGGCAGGCCUUCAAAGAGCUGGUUCAAUACCGGCUUCAGGCUGUUCAAGACGUGGACCGCAUCAACGACAUCCUGCUGUCCUCCUGGCAAAUCGUUUUCGGGUCCCAGCCUCGGACAGUGCAUAAACACAAAGGGGUCUGCCUCGCUGCACUGUGGCACCAUCGGAAAAUGGCCUCCACAGCACACACAGUUUUUGCACGAUGGCGGCGUGCGGUGCAAUACCGCUCCAUUCGCAAAAAGCUGCACGCCCAGGCAGUGGUUGCCAAGCGAGCUCGGCUCCAACAACAAUUGCAGGAUGCUGAGUCGGCCGGUAGCUCCCAGAAUCCUGGUAUGUUGUAUCAGGUCCUGCGGCGCAUUGCUCCAAAAAUUCGCAGAAGGCGUAUGCAACUGCGCGAUGAUGAGCACAAGCUAGCGGGUCCCGACAAGGAAGCCGCACUGGUGAUAAAGCACUUUGCUGAUGUCUUCGCGGCCCAACAGGCCAUCGAGGGCUUCACACUGAGAGAGGCCUUUUCUUUUACGGCCAAAGAGUUCACGCAAUGCUUGCACGAGCUUCCGGUGCACAAGGCUCUCCCGGCACAUUGUGCCCCCGCGCCUUUGUGGAAAUGGUGCUGCGAGGAGGCCGGUCCACCAUGGACGCGAUUGAUCGUGCAAUGCUUCAUAUGUGGCAGACUCAGCAUCGGCCGCGGUCAUAUACGAUCCUCGUUGGAAUGGGCAGGGAUACCGGGGGCGGUGGCAGAUGUAAUUUUGGGCAUGCGCCACGCGAUGACGCUGCAGUAUUCGGCCUCUGGCCACAGCGCGCGAACAGCCACAGGCAAAGGCGUUAGGUACGGCAUCACUUGUACAGGUUUUGACGUCCAAGGUAUGCAGAAGUACCGUGCCUUAUUCAUGCGUCACCUUCGUGCGAUCUGUGAGAGUCCGGUUCAUCUCACUAGGGAAAGCAACGAGGCUCUCCUCGUCCGGGCGGGAGUGGAUUGCCCAUUGUACACUCUGGUGUCGCAGACAGCCGAGCGACAUCGCAUUACAGCGACACAAGAGGUCUUUAAAGUGCAGCCGCCUGCAAUCACCGAACUCUGGAAUCAGGUCUUGGCUUCCAUUCGACCGACUGCCCAAGGCCAGGACUCGUGCCCCACUCCGCAGGAGAAUGGGACAGCACAUGCUGAGCCGGCACAGGUGAUAGCAAGCGAUUCGCAUCCUUUGCCAGCGACUGCCUCAAUGUUGGAAGCCACCACUGCCCCAGUCGCCCCCCCCAUUGUCCUGGAAAUUCCUCAGGUUCUUCCAGUGGUCGAGGAAACACCGGCCGUAGCGAUGAGCCCAGAACGGCUUACUUGCACUCCGCUUGCCAAUACCACUCAUGCCUCAGACCAUAUGGACACAAAUGAGGGUGCCGAGCAACCAAGUGAUCCCGCCCCACCACCUCACCCACCUUCGACUGAUGCUCAGCUGGGCGCGCCCGAUCCUUCCACUGAAAACACCUCAGCUCUUAGGACUUUCGUUUCGAAGAUCACGCAUUCGCAGGUGUGCCCGAAGCUCCACAGCGUUACGCAGCCAGCAAAAGCGCCCGUGCCGCAGCCCGCACUUCCCUUUGAAGCAGAUGUCAACUGUGAGGUGUUCACGGAUGCCUUUCAGGGAGCCAACAAGAGGAGCAGCCCGGGCCCUCUCGAGGAGAGGCCAUCAGAUGCGGGGUCGCUACAGAGGCUUCCAGCCUUUGGGGGCGAGGAGUUCGACCUAGGAUUGGCAGCAGCCGUCGGCACCAUGGAGAUCGGGGUAUUCGAACCACCAGGUGCAGGGACGAGAGGGAUCAUUCGGACAUUGGUUGCAGCGAGCGCGGAGUAUGCGAACAAGAAAACGAAAGAACCAAGGAUGACGUUGAAAGACCGCCUUGCCAAGAUGGAGGAGACGCCGGACUUGUUGGCCCACGUUCGGUGGAGCCAGGAGCGAGAGCAGCUCAUCCCCGAGGAGCCACAAAGAAUGUUUCCACAUGCAGCCUUGAGCGGUCACCUGGACAGCAUUCUGGAGAUUCUCGAAGAAGACAAAGUGUUGCAUCAAUUCAAUGCCACCCGACGCUUCAACGAUCAGACAGACAGCACAGUCAUGUUUUUCAUCCGAGUGUCACUUCAGGGGCAGAAGGCCCAGUUGUUGUUCCAGCGUCUCCUUGCCCUAUGCGGUCUGGGAUGUCUUCAGAUGAUCGAUGCAACAUUGCGCAGGGAAAGGUUGGAACCCCAGCCGUUGGCCAAGCAGCUUCGCAACCUGAGCGACCGUCGCAAUCGCUACUGA